AUGAUACCUCUCUUUCUCCUUGGUGCUGUCUUCCUGACGACAACGUCCCUCGUUCAGGCUCUGCCUGCUCACCCUAGCAUUGAAGCACGUCAAUCCGUUAUCGUGCUCUCUCCGGUACAGAUAGACUACUUCACGCCGUAUACCUGGUACGCCAGCGCGGGAUACUGUAACCCGUCACAGACACUAGUGUGGGACUGCGGGUUGAACUGCGAGGCAAACCCCGACUUCAAACCUGUCGCGUCGGGCGGCGAUGGGAGCGACGUUCAGUACUGGUAUGUGGGGUAUGAUCGGACAUUCAACUCGGUGGUGGUGUCUCAUCAAGGAACGAACGCAUCUUCAAUUCUGUCCAUCCUCACGGACAUAGAUAUCAUCCUCGAGCCUCUCGACCAGUCGCUCUUUCCCGGAAUGAGCUCCGAUGUACUUGUGCACAGCGGGUUCGCCAACCAGCAAGCGAAAUCCGCAUCUGCCAUCUUGUCUGCGGUGCAGCGCACCAUGUCCGAGUACGGCGUGAACCACAUCACGACCGUCGGGCAUUCGCUCGGGGCGGCGUUGUCACUACUCGAUUUCCUCUACCUGCCGCUGCACCUUCCGGACACGACGUACACCUACAUCGGAUACGGUCUACCACGGGUGGGCAACCAAGCUUUCGCGGACUACGUCGACGACCAGAUCAGCUCAGUGACGCACAUCAACAACAAGGAAGACCCAAUCCCGAUCCUCCCGAGCACGUCCCUCGGGUACAUGCAGCCGCACGGCGAGAUCCACAUCGAAGACUCGGGCGACUGGGUGGCGUGUUCCGGCGACGAAAACCCAAGCUCCCAGUGCAUCGACGGCGACGUACCGACGCUCCUCCAGAGUAACUUUUCCGACCAUGUCGGGCCCUACAACGGGAUCCUCAUGGGCUGUUGA